UGCGCGGGCGGGCGUGCGCGUCAGGCAGCGGCCGCUCGGCUCGUCCCUUCCCGUCAUGGUAGGCUGCGGCAAGACUAAAAGACGCUCGCUCGGAAAUGCGCCCUAGGCCCGCUCCUUCGUCGCAAAGGGCCACCCCGCACCACAGCGAUGUUCGUGUUCGGGUCGGAGAUCACGUAGGCGCGUAAAGAGGGAGCGUGCGGCGAGUGCUAGUUAUGCGUGUGGCCGGUGUCUGUUCACGGUGAGAAUCUGGCGAGAGAGGUGCCGUGGCCGCCCAGGCAACAUGGCGGCGGCCGAACAACAACCGGCGAGCCAUGGCCACACGUUCAGCAAGAAGACGUUCCACAAGCCCACGUACUGCCACCACUGCACCGACAUGCUGUGGGGGCUCAUACAGCAGGGAUACAUCUGUGAAGUGUGCAACUUCGUGGUGCAUGACCGCUGCCUCAAGACCGUCGUCUCUCCUUGCUCCAGCAUCGCCGCCAGCCUCAUCAAGAACCCCGUGGCCCACUGCUGGUCGGAGCCCACGCACCACAAGCGCAAGUUCUGCAAUGUGUGUCGCAAGAGACUGGAAGACAGCCUCUCCAUCCACUGCGAGAUUUGCGAGUACUUCGUGCACGUGGACUGCCAGGACUUUGCGGUGGCCGACUGCAAGGAGAACGCGACGUACCUGCCGGGCAAGGAGCUGUCGUCGGUGCGGCACCAGCACCACUGGCGCGAGGGCAACCUGCCCUCCAACACCAAGUGCGCCGUGUGCAAGAAGACGUGCUGGUCCGCCGAGUGCCUGUCGGGCAUGCGCUGCGAGUGGUGCGGCAUGACGUGCCACGCGCAGUGCCACAAGAACAUCCCGGUGGAGUGCACCUUCGGCAACCUGGAGCCCAUCUACCUGCCGCCCCACGCUGUGAGCAUCCCGCGCACCGAGGUGCCCAUGGAGGCCAUCAUCGGGGUGCAGGUGCGCCGCAAGGAGACCAUGUCGCCGCGCAGCAUCUCGGAGGAGUUCAGCAGCGGGGACGCCGGCCGGCCACGCGACAACGAAGAGGGUCCGCACGCCCGCGACAAGGACAAGGACAAGGACAAGGACAAGGACAGAGACAAGGGCAAGGAGAAGGAGAAGGAAGAUCGUGACGAAGAGUUUAUCAAGGUGUAUGAUGGGAACAGCUCUUUCCGGAGACGCAUUUUCCGAGUGAUCACGGUAUCACGCCAGGCAACCCUGGAGCAGUUGUUGACGGCCGCACUCCGAGCAUUCCACAUCACCAAGGAUCCAGGGAAAUUCUACUUAACUGACUUGUAUGCAUCGGAGGAAAACCGCUUCAGCAAUGUCAGGUUGGUGGAUCCGAACCCGGUGGCCAACCUGCAUCGCAAGGAAGGCAAGCGGCCGGCAGUUUUCCUGCGGUUCAAGGACUGCGACUCAGGGUCGGUGCGCGUGUACCCGGGCAAACUGCCCGUGUCGGAGUCGUUCUGCAGUCUCCCGGUGAACGCAGACACGACGGUGGCCGACCUGAUUCGCGAGUCGCUGGGCCGCUUCGGGCUCGACAACUGCAAGUGUGAGGACUACCGCAUGAGCGAGAUACUGCUCGACCGAGGAGCAGUGACGGAGCGCGUGCUGAGCUGGUCGGAGCGGCCCUGGGAGCUGGUCAAGCAGCUCGGCAAGGACUCCAUACGCCAGAUGGAGCUCAUGAGGUUCUACCUGCAGCUGAAGCAAGACCCGCACGGCCCCAACCUCGCCCUCUUCGUGGGCAACCUGCCCCCCAACCUGUCGCAGCGCAACUACGAGAACAUCCUCAUGGAGCUGCUGGGCAAGGACAACAAGUUCUCCUCCAUCGGUCCCAUCUACUACGAGUACGGCUCGAUGGUGAUCAUCUACGAGGACUCCGACAAGGCCGUGCGCGCCCUGUACACACUGCGCGAGUCCCACUACGAGGAGAAGCACUUGCUGGUGAUGCUGCUGCCCAACAUCGAGCCCAGCACGGUGCCGGGCGGCGUGCAGCCUCUGCUGGUGUUCGUGAACGUCAAGUCCGGAGGCUGCCAGGGACUGGAGCUGAUCUCCAGCUUCCGCAAGCUGCUCAACCCGUACCAGGUGUUCGACCUGGACAACGGCGGCCCGCUGCCCGGGCUGUACGUGUUCCGCCACAUCCGCAACUACAAGAUCCUGGUGUGCGGGGGCGACGGCACCAUCGGCUGGGUGCUGCAGUGCCUGGACAACGUGGGGCAGGACUCGGAGUGCUCGAGCCCGGCCUGUGCCAUCGUGCCGCUCGGCACGGGCAACGACCUGGCGCGCGUGCUGCGCUGGGGGCCCGGCUACACGGGCGGCGAGGACCCCCUCAACCUGCUGCGCGACGUCAUCGACGCGGAGGAGAUCCGGCUGGACCGCUGGACCGUCGUCUUCCACCCGGAGGAGAAGAGCGACGACAAGAGCCAGCCCACGCCCAACCAGACCGGGCUGUUCCGCAUUACUUGGUUCACUUGCUGCAGAAAGACCCGCUGCCGAUUUUACGCAGAAAAAUUAAAAAGCCCGAUUUGGGUUUCUCAAAACAUGGCUGCGGACAUUGUGAGAUGGCGGGAAUUGAGUGGCACGAGCGAGGACAACACGCAGAUACUCGUCAUGAACAACUACUUUGGAAUCGGCAUCGAUGCCGACCUGUGCUUGGACUUCCACAAUGCCCGCGAGGAGAACCCCAACAAGUUCAACAGCAGGCUGCACAACAAGGGGGUGUACGUGAAGAUGGGGCUGCGCAAGAUGGUGGGUCGCAAGCUGUGCAAGGACCUGCACAAGGAGGUGCGGCUGGAGGUGGACGGCAAGCUGGUGGAGCUGCCCCAGGUCGAGGGCAUCAUCAUCCUCAACAUCCUCAGCUGGGGGUCAGGGGCGAACCCCUGGGGCCCAGAGAAGGAGGACCACUUCUCCAAGCCCAACCACUGGGACGGGAUGCUGGAGGUGGUGGGCGUCACCGGGGUGGUACACCUGGGCCAGAUCCAGUCGGGCCUGCGCUCCGCCAUGAGGAUCGCUCAGGGCGGACACAUCAAGAUCCACCUCAACUCGGACAUCCCGGUGCAGGUGGACGGGGAGCCCUGGGUGCAGUGUCCGGGGGACAUCGUGGUGCUCAAGUCUGCCCUCAAGGCCACCAUGCUGAAGAAGACCAAGGGCAAGAUGAAGCGUCGCAACACGGAGCCCACCAUGCUCGUGUCCCCGGGCUCCCAGUACGUGCUGCCAGCGACGCCGGCGGAGGCCAACCACGAGGAUGAAGCCUUCUGAGUGCCGCCACGCUCCGCCCCCCUCCUCCUAGCUCCCGGCUUAUAGAUCUCAUUUUUUCAACGCAUUAACUUCUUACAAAUUUUUGCAAACUCGAGAAAAAAUUGUAUUGGGCAUGGGUUUGCACAGAUCUGCGUAAUUUAUUGUUUUUGUCACUUGUUCCCCUUAUGUAAUGAGUACAUUGUAUAACUGUAAAAUGAAACAAUGAUAAAAGUAUGGUAAUUUUACCAAAAAAUAAGGGUUGCACCCACCUAUUCAAUAACGGGUGUGAUUUUUGUGAAACGACUAGUCAUUAAUGAUCUUCAUUACUUGUAAGCCUCACAUCUAGGUACAACGAAACAAUCGUCGAGUUUGAGGCCCCGUGAUGCGCGGGUGCUUCGCUCGUUUCCGCCGUUCAGGCGCCACAUUCCACCUGACGUGUCGAGAAGUACUUAACCGAUGGUCUCUCUGGCACGGACCUUUGAAGGACAAGCGUUGCGUGUCCGAUGUUUGCGACUCGAGACGAGACGUGGUGCUGAGCUGGCUCCGAGGGGCGAAGGAAUGCGUUGUCGAUGGGAUGAAGGUGCGUAGUGUUAUCUGCAGGGCCGUGCCGACUUCGUAGAGCAAGGACUACCAGGGCAUCGGCAAAUUGCACGUUUUCAGAUUUGUAUUUUGUUUGUUUCGGUGGUGUCAUGAAGAAAUGGUAAUUGUCUAGUAUUUUGGUACCUGCGGAGUAGUCCAAUUAAAUGGACGGUCAAAUAUUUUGCAUACAGAAUGAUUUGUUCGAUUUUAAAUUGACAGAGGGCGUCCUUCGGAAGAUGACGUGCCAGGUAGCAUCGGAACCUCGGGGGAACAGCCCCUCGAUCACUUACAACAUUUUUUUCUCCGCAAUCGGAGAAAAUAUUAAAAAAUUACCACUUUUGGUAUUUGGUAGUUUGCGCGCUCUUAUAUCUAGUGAACACCUCUGGUCCCAGUUAGGAACUCAACUUCAAUUGCUUGAUGUCAGUCACUUAGACCCGUUUCUCUCAGAUAUUUCAUUUCCCAGUACAAAGUGCUGAAGAUGAAACUGAAGUUGUUUUCGAGGCCGGCCUCCCGGCUGGAAGGGGACGCUCCGGCCUCGUGUUCCUAACCCGUCCUGCGUGCGAUGGGGCUCAGUUGUCCAACGGUCGCGUUUCCAGGGCAUAUAAGCCGGUGGGCAAUACGCACACAGGGCGGGUUUGCGAGUUUGUGUCCACAUGUCGCCCCGUUGGUGUUUGCAUUAUAUUGUGCUAGCUCAUGUUAUAUUAUGCUCUGUACAAUCUAUACUUUUAAUAGAAAAACUUGAGUUAAUGUGCUAAAGUUUUUCUGUAACUAUGGUAAAAAUUUACUUUUGUGAUCUCGGGAGUUGCAGUGGGCCAGUUUUGGUCCAAAUUUUUUGGACCAUUCCACACUCCGAGCUUUAUCGACAAAUGUUUUCUCCCAAGGAAUGGUUCAAGAAACAUAACAGAACGAAAAAUGUUUUAUUGAGUCUAUCGCAAUAAGGUCUCUGUACAAGAUAUAUAUAUGUAUAUUAUGUGAAAAUGGUAAACUAGCGUACGAAUAUCGUAACAUGUGGAUUGAGGAGACAGUAAAUGUUACUUCCGAAA